AUGCCUCUGGUCAAGAGAAACAUCAAGCCCCGACACCUGUGCCACGGUGCCGUGCCCGAGGGAAUUGGCAGUGAGCUGGAAUGUGUAACCAACAACACCCUGUCCGCCAUCAUCCGCCAACUCAGCAGUCUGAGUAAACAUGCAGAAAAUGUCUUUGGAGAACUUUUCAAUGAAGCCAACACCUUCUACGUGCGUGCAAACUCCCUGCAGGACCGCAUUGACCGCCUGGCCGUCAAAGUUACCCAGCUGGACUCCAGUGUGGAGGAGGUCUCUCUCCAGGACAUAAACAUGAGGAAGGCGUUCAAAAGCUCUGCGGCCCAGGAUCAGCAGGUUUUGUCCAAGGGCAGCACGCCGAGCUCCGUGGGCGACAUGUACCACAGCAGCGACAGGCCUCCUCCGCUCAGCACCCUCACCGCCUACAGAGAGGAUUCCACUGACGCCAUGAAGUUCUACUCAGACCCACUGUACUUUUUUGACCUGUGGAAGGAGAAAAUGCUGCAGGACACUGAGCACAAGAGGAAAGAAAGGAGGAGGCAAAGGGAGCAGAAGCGAUGUGUGGAAUGCAGCACUCUUCAGCGUGAGGUGAAGAAGGUGAGAAAGGCUCGGAACCGCCGGCAGGAGUGGAACAGGAUGGCAUUCGAUAAAGAGCUUCGUCCGGACCACCACCAUCCGCAGACCCUACGGCGAGGGGCGUCAUCGGAGGGCUCCCUCUCCCCAGACGGCAGGCCUGACCUCCCCGACUACCCCGUCCCUCCGCUGCCUGCCCACGCCGCUUGUAACUCUGCCAAGUCUCACGAUUACGUCCCUGGGAAUGCACAGCCCUCACCACCUGCGGAGCAUGAAUACCACAGCAUUGAUGUCAACUACAAGAGAGUAACCUAUGCCACGCCGGAGCCGCGCUCUGCAGACCGAACCAACGGCUCAAUACGUCCACCCGCAGAUUACAACUGUGCCCCUCCACCUCCUGCCUCGGGUGGCCCACCCAUCCCAUCGGCAUCCACAGCCUUUGGUUUUCCUCUGGGUGCACUGCCGCCACAUAAUGGAGUUCUGCACGUAGGCCCGGGCUUCCCGCCUUCGGAUCCUCGCAUGCCGCCCCCCCCAGGUCCACCGCCUCUCCCUCCCCCGGCUGCACCCUCACACCUCCCGGGACACAGCAAAGGCUGCAGAGCUGAGGCUAUACCGGUGAGGGAUGCCAGAAGUGACCUGCUGUCCGCCAUUCGCAUGGGCAUCCAGCUGAAGAAAGGCCAGGAGCAGCAGGAGCAGCAGAACAAGCGGGAGCCUGUUGGGAACGACGUGGCCACCAUCUUGUCCCGACGCAUCGCUGUGGAGUACAGCGACUCAGAGGACGACUCUGAGCCGUACGAGAACGAGUGGUCGGACUGA